AUGGGGAACCAUGGAAGGACAUGUUCUGCUUAUGAGGACUACCAAAAGUCUGCAUCCAGUGCUAUUGGAAAUUUGAAAAUUGCUGAAAUUGAUCCAAGUGGUCAUUUUGUAAAGAUUCUGAACUGUGCCCCUGAAAAAGAGGAAAACAUUGGGGAUUAUCUCUUGAAGCAGGACGUCCAAGGUCAACUAGUGGCUGUAUUUCGGUUUCCCCCCGAGACCAGGAUGGGGCCCAACUCCACCGUGACAGUUUGGGCAGCAGAUGCUACAGUGCUUCACAAACCUCCCUCAGAUUUUCUUUGGAAGGACCUGGAGAGAUUUAGGACAACCCUUGACUGUGCUACCAUUCUCUGUGAGCCUAGCGGUCAAGCUGUGGCUUGGUACACUCCUCUCUACUGGAACAGAAGGCAAGGAUGGGCGGUGAAAGAGGAAAGUGAGAAAUCUGAGAACAUUGUUAUACCAACUUUCUCAACAGCAAAGCAAAAAGAGGGAUGGGAAAAUGAACAGGAAUUUACAGUAACUGAUACAGAGUGGAAGAAGGCUGACCAAUGCCAAACAAGAAAAAAAAGCUUCAUUAAAAGGGAAAAAAAGACCUCUGCAUCCCUUUUCCCUAAUCAGAGUGCCUGGUGCCAAAGUCCAAACUCUCCCACACACCCUCACUUUUCUCUGGUUAGACCACUAACCAUGGGAAAUGAUGGCAGCAGUUUGUGCAGGCAGUCCCGGUGUCAGUCAUCAAGGCCUGACCCCGUGCCAGGGAGCCAGAUUGUUCAUGUGAGUUUCAAGCUGUGA